CGCGGUACCGAAGCUGUAAAAUGUUUGCUGCUGCGCAACAGGUUAUUAUUUAUUAGACACAAGGCUACAUAAUUUGAAUCAAGCAUCGCAAUAAUAUCCUAUUCAAUUGUAUUUUUUAAUCAGUAGAACACGGUGUUUUAAUCAGUGACAAUGGAGUUAAGCAAAGAACAGAAAGAUCUAAUCGACCGUGUCGCAAAACAAAAUGGUUUCUCUGAUUAUCAAGUAAUUUCAAACGCGGGAUCAUUCAAAGGUGAUAACUUUUUGGGGGUAAUAAGUACUGUUACGAUUAAAAGUGGUGAUAAAACGUUGGACCUAAUUUUAAAAUCAGCACAUACAAGUGAAGCUUUCAGGAAAGCUGCUCCACUUCACGAAAUUUAUAAUCGAGAAAUAUAUUUGUAUAAUCGUGUUUUUGAGGAGUUUAAAAAAUUUCAAGAAGAACAUAACAUCGUAGAUCCCUUUAUUAGCUUUCCAAAAGCUUAUCUGUGUUCUUCAGAAAAUGGUCACGAAGCACUUUUAAUGGAGAACUUAAAAACACAAGGAUACAAACUUUGGAAUAAGAAAACUCCAAUGAAUCCUGGUCACAUCAAAGCAGUUCUAAAAGAAUAUGCCAAAUUCCACGCUAUUUCUCUGGCUAUGAAAGACAAAUGUCCCGAACAAUUUAAUGAUCUUGCUUCUAAAGUUUAUGAGAACGUUUUUGAAGAGAAAAAGGACAUGUUCAGUGAAGAAAAAUUUCAACAGUAUAUAACUUCAGCGAUGAACAAUGGGUACGAAGUUGUAGAGGGUGAUGCAGAGCUGACAAAUUGUGUGAGAAAUGUUGAGAGUAAAAUUAUUGAUCUUUUUAUAAAAGAGCUCAAAAAGGAAAAGUAUAAAUUGGUGAUAACUCAUGGAGAUUGCUGGUGUAACAACUUUUUAUUUAAGUAUGAGGAUCCUGAAAAUAUUGAAAAACCUUCGAGUCUUCGAAUACUGGACUGGCAAAUAUCUUCAGUUACGUCACCAGCAUAUGAUAUAACUUACUUCUUCCUAGUCAACAGUCCUAAGGAAAUAUUGUAUGACUACAAAACAUAUAUGAAAUUAUACCACGAUACUCUAUCCACACAACUGCUUAAUUUUGGUUGUGAUCCACAAAAACUUUUUUCAUAUUCGUUGUUAGAAGACCAUUUAGAAGCUCUAUUUCCACUGGCUCUCUACAUGAGUUUCAUGAUCGUUAAAGUUAUGAUUUCUGAAUCUGACGAAGCUCCAGAUUUUGCAGAAAUUUCAGAGAAAGAUGGUGAUAUUGUAAACGGAAUGAAUUUCACUGUUAAAAAUAUGGACGAAUAUCAAAGGAGAAUAAAAGAUAUUCUUUCAUUUUUGAAAGAUAAUAAAUAUAUAUAAAUUAAGUUUUUUAAGUUUUAAAUUAAUUGGUUAUUUAUAAUAAAAAUUUUGUUAUUA